GUUCAGCAACAUCACUUCUGACCAACCGGUGUUCAUUACAGCGAACGGCUUUAUUAGUUAAAAUGGCAAGUUUUGUAUCUACACUCCUGCUCCUUUUGGCGGCUUCCCAGGUUAAUUGUCAAUACUACGAUACCCACCGACCUGUGACCAUCACCCCAGUUACUGUAACAUUGAUUGUAACGGAUACAAUCACCCACACUCUGAGAGAGACGACCACCUCCGACGUCUGGAUCACCGACCAGACCACUGUGACGGAGACCCUCACAGCCACCACCACUGACUGGAGCUUCGUGCCCUCCCACCCAUCCACCAAGACCUCCGUUAUAAAGAUCACGACAACUCCCGUUUCUUUAGUGACUGCUACCAGCAUCGUCUACCCCCAACGUACCAUGGUCUCUGAAUUCACGUCUUUCUUCACCACAACGAAUGUUGUUGAGUUGUGGCAAAGCAUCACCCACGUGUCUGUAAUGCACCAGGUGCACACAGUACCCGUGGUCAGUACUCAAGAGCUGGUGCAGGAAAUCGUCUCUUCUCUCACAGAGUUCGUCACCGUUACCAUCACCUCCGCCACCCGAUAUGGAAAUAAUUAAUGUAACCUUGUAAUGAAGAAAAAUUGUUAAAUGAAAAUUACCUGCAUCACUGGAUUUUAAUUAAGAUGACCUAAAAGGUUAAAUUCUGUAUGCCAUAAUAUAAUCUUAAAUAAAC